CGGUGCGGUGUUGAGCGUCAGGUGGUCGGAGGCGUGUGCUGCUGCUGCUGCUGCUGCUGCUGCCGCCCAACGAGAAGACGAACGAUGGCAACGGAGCGCAUCUCGCACAUCGGGCUGGUGGCGCGGAGUCCGGAGGGCCACGCAGCCAAGGGCAUGCCCAUCAAGGGCCGCGAGGACCUGUGGGUCGAGAUACAGGCCAACACGUUCCGCAACUGGGUGAACGAGCAGCUGCGUGGCGGCGGCGGCCCGCCGGUGCGCGACCUUUCGGCCGACCUGCGCGACGGCACGCGCCUCUGCCUGCUGGUGGAGGCGCUGCAGCGGCGGCCGCUGCGGCCCGCCUGGGUGCGCCGCCCCGCCAACCACCACCACGCCCUCGAGAACGUCGCCACGGCGCUCGCCGCCGUCGCCGCCGACGGCGUUAAGCUCGUCAACAUCGUGAAGAGCGCGUGCCGGUGCGUGGCUGGCGACGCCGCCCGGGAACGCGGCGAGGGUGUCGUCCUGAAGGAGCAGUAG